ACAAGCAUGAGGAUUGUUCAGUGUUAAAUUGUAACACGAAUAAAAACAUAUAAGAUAAGAUUUAAUUCUUUUCCUAAAGAUGAAAAGUUUAAAAAAACGUGGAGUAACUUCACAGGAAAGCCAGGUUUCUGGACUCCGGGAAAAUUUAGUGUUGUCUGUGCAAAACAAAUACGUUUGCGGACAAAAGUUAAGUUAUAACGUUUUUCCCAGUCUCCAUCUUCCCCACCAUCCACAUCAACAGGAACAGCUAGAUAAUGGAUAGGACAUUCUUCUGAGUCAUGAACAGACUUCAACUGUUCCCUCUCAGAGUAAUUCUGCUCUCCCUCAGAGAAGUUCUGUUCUACCUCAGGGGAGUUCUGUUCUACCUCAGAGAAGUUCUGUUCUACCUCGGGGGAGUUCUGUUCUACCUUAGAUGAGUUCUGUUCUACCUCAGGGGAGUUCUGUUCUACCUCAGAUGAGUUCUGUUCUACCUCAGAUGAGUUCUGUUCUACCUCAGGGGAAUUCUGUUCUACCUCAGAUGAGUUCUGUUCUACCUCAGAGAAGUUCUGUUCUACCUCGGGGGAGUUCUAUUCUACCUCAGAUGAGUUCUGUUCUACCUUAGGGGAGUUCUGUUCUACCUCAGAUGAGUUCUGUUCUACCUCAGAUGAGUUCUGUUCUACCUCAGGGGAGUUCUGCUCUCCCUCAGAGAAGUUCUGUUCUACCUCAUGGGAGUUCUGUUCUCCUACAGAGGAGUUCUGAUAUACCUCAGAGUAGCUCUUUUCCUCCUGAGCCAGCCAACAACAAGAGAAAAGUUGAAGAACUGACAACAGAAGAAUUUUACACCUCUAGCUUUGAAGAAAUUCCAGAAAAUGGAUUAAUUGCUGACGCAAUUAUCCAGCAAUACAAAAAAGCAGAAUUAAGUUGUCUAACUACAGAAAUGAAAAGUACAGCUUUGAGUUGAUGAAAUUUUCUCUAACUCUUCAAGAAUAUUCAAGAAAAGCUUACAACUAUGUCAGAGAAACCAAUUCUGGAAUCAGGCACAAAAAUACUAAGCUAAUACUGUUUAAAAAUGAAUAACUUUCAAAUUAUCCAUUUUAAAUAGCUAAUGAAAUAAAUAAUUGAACAAAUUUUGC